UCUGCACCAUCGUCCCCAUCUGCGCUUCUGCAUCUUCGUCACCGACCUCUGCACCAUCGUCUUGCUCUGAUGCUGCACUUUCGCCGCUACAGUCACUAUCGUUUGUGAUAGUUACAACGUAACGCUAACAUUCACCACUUGUGCAAAGUAUGAUCAAUGGCGCUUCAUAGCAGAUCGGCGACAACGGUUUUGUUUUCUUUGGCCAAUUUCCUUCUACCGUUUUUCAUUGUCCUUCUGAUUGUCUUCGGUAACAGUGGCGUCAGCGUCGGCGGGACGAAGAAGCGAGUUCACAUUUCCGACGACCUCGAUGACGUGGAGGACAACGAGGAGGAUGAGGCGUGGAUAGAAUGGGGACAAAAGAAGAAAAUGACGGUGGAAGAGUUUGAUCCGCCGCCGGAGAAUUUUUCCGAUAUGGAUUUUAGUCAGAUGCAGAACGAGGUUCUGAAACGACAGGUUGGACAGGCGUAUGGCUUCGUCAAGCUUCGGUUAACUGAUCAUCGUACUCCGGAUAUAGUAUCUGAUAUUGCAAUGAAAUGGACCCAACUUGCAAGAACCGGAGCAAUUGGAGUCAUUUUCAUGGGAUUUGAUCUUUCCACUGUAAUGUUCACAUUACAAAAUGCCCAAAACACUUUAGAGUUUAAAGAUUUUUUAUUGGAUCAACCCGAAGCAUACGAGAUUAAGAUGGGGGAUCAGUUUUUUCGAAGACCCGGAGAUCCUCCGUUUGCCGAUCUUCUGAAAAAACUUUAUGAAGAAGAAGACAAGAAAAAGAUCGCUACUUCCUCCAACGAUACUAUCCCCAAAGAUGAGUUAUAAUUCAAAUAAAGUAAAUUAUUAUUUCAUAUUUUUCUAAAUCGUUGCCAUUGCUAAAUUGUGUUGUUUAUUUGGUUUACCCAAAGAUGAGU